UUCCGCCUCGAUCCGUAAAAGACUCCCUUCGGAAGAAAAGCACCAAAGAAACAAAAGUUCGAAGCGCAUCCAACACGAAAAGCAGGAAACCGAAGCGCAGCAGAUCUACAGAGGAAAAUGGCACUGGAGUGGGUUGUGCUGGGCUAUGCAGCCGGCGCCGAGGCCGUCAUGGUUCUGCUGCUUACCCUCCCGGGGCUGGAGGGGAUCCGUAAGGGGCUCAUCGCCGUCACUCGUAACCUUCUGAAGCCGUUCCUCUCGGUGGUGCCGUUCUGCCUCUUCCUGCUCAUGGACAUAUACUGGAAGUACGAGACCAGGCCCCAGUGCGAGUCUCCUGACUCCUGCAGCCCCUCCGAGUACCUCCGCCACCAGAAGUCCAUCAUCAAGAGCCAGCGCAACGCUCUACUCAUCGCCGCCGCUCUCGUCUUCUAUUGGAUCCUCUAUUCUGUCACCGGUCUUGUCGUCAGAAUUGAGCAGCUUAACCAGCGUCUCAAGGCCCGCCGGGACUGAUGCGUCGAGAUAAGUCUAUGGGAUCUAUCUUCUGCAUUUUCAUUACAAGUUUUAUAUGUUGGGUCAUGUAAACUAUAGUAUGCCUUUUUCUUUUUAUUUUUUUACUGGCUAUCGAAUUUGAGGAUUAUUGAGUUAAUGCUAAUGAUAAUCGUGGUUUUGAUUUGUAAAA